CUUUUUGGUUAAUCUUCUUAGGUUGAUUUUGCCACCAUAAAAUAGACAAUAAUUUUUCUUUUCAUAUUUGAAUAGAAUACUAGACAACCCACACCAAUGCCAUUGACAGCCAAGUACUUGUUUCUCUUCCAAGUUUGCCACUGGGAAUUGUUGGAUUCAGCUGGUUGUGCAAUUCCAUCGCUCAUUGCUUCCCCAUACGUCGGUGCGAAAAUUCACAGCUGCCAGAGCUCGAAGGUUUCAGCCUGAUAAAUUGAGACAGUCCGCCCAAACGUCUAGAACCGUCCCUCCUUAAACAUGAUACAGGGAAGACUAUUGAAUCCGAUAGGAUUGGCCAAUACUAUUGGUAGACUUCGAAUAUCGACAGUUAGACCAGUUAGGUUCUUUCGUACACAAUAUCAUGUGUCGAGCCAGGUCGCUAGUUAUCCUAUCACCUUGACCCACGUACUCAAGAAUCCGUUCGGAACAAGAAAAUACUCUAGCAUCAAGCAGAGCCAGAACUCCAAGACUUCAGAAGAAGUACAAGCAGCUCGCCAAAGCCCUAAUAAAAUCACCUCAGAGAACCCAGUUCCGGAUCUGGUCGAGCAAACUUCCAAAGCAUUAACCAAUAAUUCCAUUUACACAGUCCCAAACAUCUUGACGUUUACCCGAAUAAUCAGUGCCCCAUUCAUCGGAUACUUCAUCGUCAAUGGAAACACACAACUUGCAUUGCUGUUGUUUCUGUAUUCAUGCAUUACAGAUUUCAUCGAUGGUUAUAUAGCCAGAAAAUGGAACCUUAAGUCGGUACUUGGUUCCAUCAUUGAUCCCUUGGCAGAUAAGCUUCUUAUGACUGUCUGCACUUUGUCUUUAGCAUACAUUAACUCCAUUCCGACCUUGGUAGCGAGUCUUAUUAUUGGUCGUGAUGUGAUGUUAAGUUUCAUGUCAUUUUAUUACCGAUACAAGACUCUUCCUCCACCCAAGACUUUAGGAAGAUUUCUUGAUAUUUCCAAGAAUGAGACUAUCAGUGUACACCCAAACAUGCUUGGCAAGGUGAACACUGGGUUGCAAAUGGUUUACAUUGGUGGAUUGGUCUUCAAACCAGUAGUUGAAAACUUAUUGAUGACGGAUUUGGAGCUCUAUUUCCAAGGAAUGGGCAUCUUAGUGAGUGUCACCACCGUUCUUAGUGGACUCAGCUAUGUUUUCAACAACAAGUCUGUCAAGUUUUUGAAAUAGAAAAAGGGUUAAUCUAUUCAUUCAUAUAUUUCCCUCUCUACCCCCGUCUGAAUAGCUGAGUGAAUGAAAGAAAUGUAAUAUAUUUGGAUCGCCGUAUGUGA